CCUCACAUAAUGAACGCCUCUGAGAACGAGCCUUGGAGAACAAGGCCGGAAUUCACUAUCAUCAUCUCUCGCCUUCCCUCUACUGUAACCCUUGCCGAGCUAUACGAUUCUUUCGCACGGUAUGGAAACAUAGCCUGGCUUCAGAUCGACGAGAACCGCAAUGGUGACCGAAACGGAUUCGCCAAGGUCCGCUUCGAGCCCCCGCCCAAGCUCGAUUUCUGGUCCUCGAAAGUCCACACCGUCAGAUAUGGCGAAGGCAAGAGUGUGCAGGUCGCACUCAGAGAAUUCAAGACACCCCAUGAAACGUACGAGGGUUUGGUCAAGAGUCCCGCCAAUCCCGACAUAUGGCUCAAGUCCAAGAUUUCUUUACAGGCAGAUCGCAUGGAUUUCGGCUCGCGACUCCAGGAAAACGAGAUGGUGGUGCUCAAGUCCGUCACUUCUGGUGUAAGAAUCGACAUAAAUCUCUCAAAGAAAAAUCUCUCCAUCUAUUUCGAUACUUGUACGCGGAACCAAGAAGCUGCCCAGGUUGUUGGAAACCAGGGUGACCAAACCCCCGAAGACGACGACACCAGUCACCACAAGUGCUCUGUUGACUUCGCUCGCCUCACAGAAAUACUUCGAGCUACUGAAGGAAACGAAACUGCACUCGUAAUCCCGCUAGAGCUUCCGCCUAUGUUCUGGACCAAAGCGAACAGGAAUGAUGAGCAAUUGCCUCGCGAUUUUCCUGUGACUCUCCAGGCCGACUUCGACGACCCGAACUUCAUCAACAUCGGCCGUUGGACCACUUACAGGUUCGUCAUCCAGAACACUGGAAACCCUGUUGAUGAGUUACUGGAGGCGCUGCAGGCCUACAACGUUGCAACCACAGUCCUGGGCCAAUUUAGAUCCGUUCCGCCGCGCUCCCCCUUGUUGGGUACGCUUCUCCCAACACCAACACCGACGUCUGACAAGUCAUCGACCAUCCACUCGCUACUGUCUCGAGAAGCAGCCUCUGAUCAUCUGAACUUCGAAGUCUACUACCAACUGGAAGUCUGCAUCUCUCGCGGCGUUCUGUCGGAGUAUUCUAUCACUCAGGUGUUCGUCGAUGAAUUGUCUCGUAUGGACAAGGACCGGGCAAAAUGGAUGCUCGAAUAUUUCGCAGACCGUGCAAAGAGGGUAUGGGACCCUAUGGAAAUGUUUGAAGAUGAAGACGCUCGUUUCUUCUUUCCCAAUGCCAGUAUACCAUACUAUUGCACUACUAUCCGGAAGAUCACGGUUACGCCAUCGACGAUGCAUUUUUGCUCGCCAAACGUCGAGUCUUCAAACAGAAUCCUCCGGAAAUACAAUUCCUACCAGGAUCGUUUCCUCAGAGUCCAGUUCACGGAUGAGCUCUACAAGGGCAAAGUCUACAAUGAUGCCGGCACCGAGAUAUUCAACAGAAUUUACCGCGUCUUGAAGCAAGGGAUCAAGAUUGGCAACCGUGUCUACGAUUUCUUGGCGUUUGGGAACUCACAGAUUCGGGAAUGCGCAGUCUACUUCUUUUGCCCGACCGCCUACACUACUUGCGAUGAUAUUCGGCAAUGGAUGGGCGAAUUCAGUCACAUCAGGAACGUCGCGAAAUACGCCGCACGCAUCGGUCAAUGUUUCUCGACAACAAGAGAGAUACGAGGAGUCACUGUUCCUCGGAUUGUGCAAGCAGAGGACAUUGAACGGGACGUAUAUUGCUUCAGCGAUGGCGUAGGCAAGAUCUCAAAACUAUUGGCCGAGAUGGUUGUCAAUGAGAUGGGCCAGGAAUCAGUCGGCAUACCGUCAGCUUUCCAAUUCCGCAUGGGUGGUUGCAAAGGCAUGCUAGCAGUCUGGCCAGAUGCCAAGGGUCUCGAAGUACACAUUAGACCUUCACAGGAAAAGUUCAAGGCGCAGUUCAACGGACUAGAAAUCAUCAGGUUUGCGCAGUACUCAGUUGCCACACUGAAUCGUCAGACGAUCACCAUUCUCGCCACUCUUGGGGUCAAAAGCGAGCCCAUAUUGCAGCUCGCUAAACAGCAGGUUCAGAAUUACGAGAAAGCAAUGCGUGACCGCGUUGCGGCUGCUGGUCUACUGGGAAGGUACGUCGACGAGAACAUGACAUCGCUGACAAUCAAGGACCUCGUCUGCUGGGGCUUCAUGGAUACGGAGGUGCAAGAGCCGUUUGUUCUCACGAUUCUAAACCUCUGGAGAAUCUGGUCCAUGAAGCUGUUGAAGGAGAAGGCCCGAGUGGUUGUUGAGCAGAGCGCUUUCCUUCUUGGAUGCCUCGACGAGACCGGAACCUUGAGAGGUCACUCGAAAGCAACAGAAGGGAGGGAGACACGGAAUAUUGAAGAUAUUCCCCAAAUCUUCUUACAAAUCCCGAACCCCGACGAUGGGAAAUACUACUGCGUCACCGGAGUGUGCAUUGUCGGGCGUAAUCCAUCUCUCCACCCUGGCGACAUCCGAGUCGUGGAAGCGGUUGAUGUUCCCGCUCUCCGUCACCUCAAGAAUGUCGUCGUGUUCCCCAGUAUCGGUGACCGAGAUGUCCCCAGCAUGCUUUCAGGGGGAGACCUCGACGGCGACGACUUCUUUGUUAUCUGGAACCCGGCCCUCAUACCUCCGCAGUGGCACCAGCCGCCAAUGAACUAUGUAGCGUCAAAGGCCCCCGUGCUGAAGCGCGGGUUCGUCAAGGUAUCGGACCUGAGAACCUUCUUCGUUCGAUAUAUUCAGAACGACUGCCUGGCAUUGGUUGCCGUGGCGCAUUUGGCACAAGCCGACCAAUCCCAAGCGGGGGCACGAGAUGGCAAAUGCAUAAAGCUAGCGGAGCUACACUCCAAGGCCGUUGACUAUGUCAAGACUGCAGACCCAGCGGACUUUCCGCCGUACCUUCAACCCAAGAGAUGGCCUCACUUUAUGAACCGCAAGAAUACCUACAAGUCACGAAGCCCUAUCGGCCAGAUCUAUGACAUGAUUCAAGACCAGGCACUUGACCCGCUGUACGAGAAGAAAUUCGACCACAGGAUCUUAAAUCGCUUCAUGCUCGCAGACGAUCUGCUCCAAAAAGCGCGCAAGGUCAAGAGACAAUAUGACACUUCCAUGCGUCGCCUCAUGAGCCAUCGCGACGUGAAAACCGAGUUCGAAGCCUGGACCGGCUUCGUACUGUCAAGACCUCGGGUUGGCAGCGACUACAAGCAGCAAGAGGACAUCGGCCGGGAGUCGGCGGCACUGAAGCAGAGGUUCCGCGAGAUUUGCUACAAUGAGGCCGGUAGCAGGAACUAUGACGAUUUUGCCCCGUUCGUGGCUGCAAUGUACAAAGUCACCGAGGAGCAGGUCAGUGCAGCGCUCGCAAAGGAGUACGAAGACGAGGAACACAAGCGGCAAUCGAUGCCCCUGAUCAGCUUCCCCUGGAUCUUCCACUGGAUCAUGGGCCGCAUCGCCACCGGACACGUCAAGAUCAAACCGACCAUCGACCCCGAGGCUCAGCCGAUGACGAAGAAGAUCUACCCCUUUCGCCGCGUCGAAGGAGACAUGGUGCAGCAGGAGACUCAGCUGGACGGGGGAAGAGUGGUCCACCGGGGCGACCUGUUGGAGGUGUUCGAGAGCCCCACGAAGGAAGACGAUGGCGAGGUUUCACAAGCAGCAACCGAGGACGCCACCGCUACUGGUGGAGAGGAGGUACAUGUUGAGGAGGAGAGUGCCAUGGAUGCCAUGGACCGGCUGAUGAGCGGCGCCAUGGGCUAGGGAGGCGCAACAACGAGAGCUUUUUCUGCUGCGACAGGGGCGUUCGACAGGUCAUUCCCGCGGUCCCAAUUCAUUAAUCGUGGAAAGUUG